UUAAACUUGCCACUGGUCCCUUGCGGUGACAGGGAGAAGUCUCGAUCGGAAGCUCAGCACCUGGCGAUGCGAGUUCACAGAGUUGUGAGGCGUCUCCAGGUGUUACACGGAUCCCACCGCUGUCCCACUAGUCAUUAACCCAGGCUUUCCCCCCUGUUUUUUACGCCCGAUACACAGAAUUUCCUGAAGCGAUCAUAUGCGAUUUUACGUGGUAAUAAGGGGAUGUCCGCUGUGUGAAACAGCAUCGGAUGGAUGGAAGGAUGUGGCCGUUCCAUGGCGCACUGGAGUAAUAAUACAGUGAACUGACGAAGGAUCGCUACUCAAUCAGUUUGGCUUUUCUCUUUCUUUUUACCUAUCUUUGGAAUUGCCACUGGCGGGAACGUGCAGUGUUUAUUCCUAAGGCUUUAAUCGCCUGUUAUGUGCGUGGUGAGGAAAAUACCCAGUGGAAGAGGUACAGCAGGAUCCGACGUAAAGGGACAGAGCAUCUGAAAAAGCUUCCUUUCCUGAUUUGUUUGUUUUUGUGCUGGUGCGUAAUGUACGUGGAAUGAAGACAGAGAAUGGAUAUAAUUUGGGAGAUACUGAUCAUUCUUCAAGCUAAUUUUAUUGUUUGUAUAUCAGCACAGCCAAAUUCACCAAAAAUUCAUGAAGGAUGGUGGGCAUACAAGGAGGUGGUGCAGGGGAGCUUUGUUCCAGUGCCAUCAUUCUGGGGGCUGGUAAAUUCAGCCUGGAACCUAUGCUCAGUAGGGAAGAGGCAGUCGCCAGUGAACAUCGAGACCAGCCACAUGAUCUUCGACCCCUUCCUUACACCCAUAAAGCUGAACACUGGCAGACGCAAGGUGGGAGGAACGAUGUACAACACAGGCCGUCACGUCUCUCUUCGACUGGACAAGGAGCACCUGGUUAACAUCUCUGGAGGGCCAAUGACGUAUAGCCACCGUCUGGAAGAGAUCCGGUUACACUUUGGCAGUGAGGAUGGCCUGGGCUCCGAGCACCUACUUAACGGACAGGCCUUCUCUGGAGAGGUUCAGCUGAUCCACUACAAUCAUGAGCUGUACACAAAUUAUACAGAAGCUGCAAAAAGCCCCAAUGGACUGGUCAUAGUGUCUAUAUUCAUGAAGAUUGCUGAGACCUCGAACUCAUUCCUGAAUCGAAUGCUGAACAGAGACACCAUCACAAGAAUAACAUAUAAAAAUGAUGCAUAUCUACUGAACGGCCUGAACAUAGAGGAGAUUUAUCCAGAAACAAGUAGUUUUAUCACAUAUGAUGGAUCAAUGACCAUCCCUCCAUGUUUUGAGACCGCCACGUGGAUCUUGAUGAAUAAGCCAGUGUAUCUCACACGGAUGCAGAUGCACUCCUUGCGGCUGCUGAGCCAGAACCAGCCCUCUCAGAUCUUUCUAAGUAUGAGUGACAACGUUCGUCCUGUGCAGCCACUAAACAACCGCUGCAUCCGCACCAAUAUUAACUUCAGCAUGCAGGGCAAGGACUGCCCAAACAACAGGGCUCAGAAGCUCCAGUACCGAGUUAUUACAGAUCUCCAUGUAACCUCUCUUCUUGAAAAUCAGUAUCAGUAGACUUCGUCUCCACGCCUCAGGUCAGAGGAAUGGGUUAGAUGACAUCUCCUUACCACCUGGUAAGGUGGUCUUUUCACUUGUUCAUACAUUUCCAAUUGUAUUCCUAAGCACUCUAACCUGCUGCACAUCCUUUUCAGCUCAAUCUCUCUGUCUUACUAAUCAAAACAAGGCAUUUUCUCCUAACUAGUGUCCAGCUUCUAGACAUCUCCAUAUGAGACUUUUUCUUUGCCAGCCACCUGGCCAUACACCAGACAAAAAAUCUUGGCAUUUCACUUCAUCUGUACUUUCCCAGCAGUCUGGUAACUCUUCCCCACUACCCACAGGCUGUCUCGACUCCUCCCUGAAUUCUCUGUAAAAUUCUUCCUUUUUCAGCUUUCAACAUUUCAACUUGCUACAUUCCCCCCGUCAACACCAUGCAGUCUUCUAUCUCUUUCAGACUGAACCUUCUGCAUAGGAUAUACCUGAUCUGUGUGCACCUUCCUCUGUUGUUAUAUGUCACCUUAUGGUCCUCCCUCUUCUUGAACUUUGUGUUCACCACAGGUCUUUUCAUAAUUGUCAUCAUCUCUGUUCCUUUCACUUAUGUAUCCAUAAGUGGAUGCUGAAUUCUGGUUUACCAUAGGUCUCGGGAGCAUAGGGAGGGUUUGUUUACUGUAUCUAGUCUCUCAUUGGUCGUCUGUUCUGCUAUUUGACAUUCCCCUGCCUUCCUCUUAAAAGAUGAAAUUAUUAUUCUAGGGAGCAGUUGUGGGGAGAGAUUUCAGAAAUUCACCCACCUUAGAGUCUCCUGAGCAUCAAACAAAAGCACUCUCUGCACACCUUGAGGGAGGCAAUUGCGAAAACACAAACGUAGACCUGCUUCUUUUAAUUGUUCUGAGAAUUGAGGACCUUCAGGAUGAAGUAGGGUGAGGAUGUCUCAUUAAAAGGCGAAAUAUAUCUGCUUUCUUACAGAAACAUGACCCCGUAUUCUUGUCACAUAAUGUCAAACACUGUCUUUCUGUUAAAUGGUGCCAACAUGCACACAAGGUGUCCUUUCCUGUCAGUAGUGCAUUGCACUACUUCUUAGAGAUUCUCUUUUAAGGAGCGAAAGCUUUACGGAGGUUUGAAGGAUGCUGGUGGAGUCUGGAGUUCAUGAAUCUGUGGUUUGUGUCCAGGUUUGGAUUUGAGUUUUGUGAUGAUUUACAAUGUUUACACUUUCUUACUUUUGCUUUCAGUUACUUACAUUAAUAAUAAUAAGUUCAAGUACAAAAACAACUUGUGUAUGUUUAGAUGACAGGUGUCGAACUCCAGGCCUUGAGGGCCGGUGUCCUGCAGGUUUUAGAUGUGUCCUUGAUCCAACACAGCUGAUUUGAAUGGCUAAAUUACCUCCUCAACCUGUCUUGAAGUUCUCCAGAGGCCUGGAGAACUAAUCAUUUAAUUCAGGUGUGUUGACCCAGGGUAAGAUCUAAAACCUGCUGGACACUGGCACUCAAGGCCUGGAGUUCGACACCCCUGGUUUAGACACUGAAAACCAAUUUGUUAGGUUUAGGUACUGACAUGUGUAU